GACCUUGAAUGAAGCAGAAGAGAAUUGAAAGUGAGAAUUGUCAAAAAAUGGAAUGAUUCUAAUAGUCAGGUGUCACACACUUGUCAAUCAAAAUGGAAGGCGUUCUGACACGACCGUUAUUAUUUUUUGUUCUGCUAGGUCUCAUAUAAAAAUUAUCUAAUAAUAUCAGAGGCUGAUUCUACGUUUAUUUCAAGUAACUCAUCUCGCACGCUCUUACAUAACCUCGCAACUGUAUCCGUUCAUCUUUCGCUGUCAUAGGAUUGAAAAGUUGUCAAACUCACGAUGGCACCAAAUAUUCUGAAGAGUAGCUUGGAAAAUGCAUCUUUUAAUAUUAUAUUCCAGAUACUAUGUCGAGGUGUGACCUUUGUUUUGAAUGCAUUUGUCGUCCGUCACGUUGGCCAGGCAGUGCUUGGUGUGAUGAACGUUAGACUACUACUUCUGGAAUCAAUGAUUCUAUUUCUCUCUCGCGAACCAUUUAUGAAAGCAUGCCUGACAAAUACUGCUGAGCAUAACUGGGCACAAGUAGUUAAUUUACUAUGGGUGACUGUUCCAAUAUGUAUGUUCAUGUCAAUGGUUUUUGGAUACACUUGGUUGUUCAUCUUAUCGCCAGGUGAAACAUUACCACCGUAUUAUACCUUUGCAGUUUGGGCAGUUGCUAUUUCUUGCGUAAUUGAACUAUCCUCACUAAUUGUUCAACUUGUCGCAAGCGCUUUUUUAUUUGUGAGACUAAAAGUAGUUUUAGAUACAAUUUUGAUAGCUAUCCGCACACUGACUUUUAUCUCCUUGAUAAUCCGGCGACCCGAGAAUGCAUUGUUUGCCUUUGGAGUAGCACAACUUGUUGCAGCAGUUUUUUAUACCACCAGCCACUACACUUACUUCCAUUUUUAUAUCACCAAAUUAAAUAAGUCAAAGGACAAAAAGAAAUUGCCUAUCAAAGAUGGCAUGGACGAAUGCUUGGCAACAGAAUUUCCAUUCAAAUCUAUAACAGAUUUUUUACCAGGGCAACUGGAUAAUUCUGGAUCACUGCUCGACAAAAAGUUAUCCAUCCUGACAUGGAGCUUUUUUCGACAAGGUGUAUUGAAACAAAUUUUGACCGAAGGUGAAAGGUUGAUCAUGACCUUCAUGCCGAUGUUAACAUUUGCAGAACAGGGUAUGUACGAAAUCGUCAACAACCUGGGUUCGUUAGCAGCCAGAUUUAUAUUCCGUCCAAUAGAAGAUAGUGGUUAUUUUUACUUCACACAAAUGGUUCAAAGAGACAAGCCAAUAGCUGAUCAAAAUGUGGUGACAGUACAGGAAAGCGUCAACGUCUUAAUGCAGCUAUGCUCAGUUGUAACAUCAAUCGGGUUGGUUGUUCUAGUGUUUGGUCAAUCUUAUUCCUCUCUAUUACUUUGGCUGUACGGAGGUUCGAAGUUAACGGCCGACUUACCAGUUUUAUUACUGCAAUCUCAUUGCCUUGCAGUAUUAUUGUUGGGAAUAAAUGGAGUUACAGAAUGUUAUACCAAUGCAACCGCGGACAGCAAAACCAUUAAUAGAAAUAAUUAUAUUAUGAUAUACGAGUCUGUGGCAUUCCUAGUAGUUUCAUAUUUUUUUGUUUCUUGGUUUGGACCAGUUGGUUUCAUAUUUGGUAAUUGCGUCAACAUGGCUUUAAGAAUAUUACAUUCAACAAGGUUUAUAAAAAGAAGACAUGUGGGCACCAAAUAUGCACCUUUGUUGGGGCUUGUACCAAAACCAAUUUUUGUUACAUUUUUGAUAAUGUCAGCCAUCAUUACAAAAGUAUCACAGGCAUACUUCUUUCCUGAUGGAAAAUUAAUUCAUUUAAUCAUCGGUAUUUUCAUGUUUUGCAUUGUAAUAGCUUCGUGGCUUUACGAGCAUCAAGACCUGAUACAACUUGGCAUCAAUAAAUGGCGUAACCGACACAACAAAAACAAAAAAAGCAAUUGACCAAUGAAUCCUUACUUAUUAUUUAUAAUAUGAGUAUAUACAUUUUACAUCAUAAUACGUGAGUACAUGUUGGUAGAAAAAUUAACAAUAUCUUCAUCUUUAAUUAGUAUAUCUCAUAUUGUUAUUCCAUUUCUAUAUUGUAUAAAAAUAAAAACUACAAGAAGUUAAA